GCUUGAACGUACCAGAGGUGUGGUGCGGUGUGGUCUUUUGCGGUUAAAAAGGCCGUAUUUUCGGAAAGAAGGAAUUUUUUUUAGACCGAGGCGUUUAAUGAAUCAACAGAAUAUGGUGCUCGGCCGCCUUCCCGCCUGCGUAAUUGACGUAGGAACCGGGUACACAAAGCUUGGCUUUGCUAGUAAUAAAGAGCCACAGCUAGUGAUACCCUCUGCAAUUGCCAUAAAAGAAACUGCGAAAGUCGGUGACAAUACUGCUAGAAGAGUAACAAAGGGUGUCGAAGAUUUGGACUUCUAUAUCGGAGAUGAAGCUUUCGAAGCUACUGGAUAUGCUGUUAAGUAUCCCGUAAGACACGGUAUCGUGGAAGACUGGGACCUGAUGGAAAGGUUCCUAGAACAGUGCAUCUUUAAGUACUUAAGAGCUGAGCCUGAGGACCAUUAUUUUCUACUGACAGAACCACCUUUGAAUACUCCAGAGAAUCGGGAGUAUAUCGCAGAGAUUAUGUUUGAGUCGUUCAAUGUUCCUGGACUAUAUAUAGCAGUACAAGCGGUCCUAGCUCUGGCAGCUUCCUGGACUGCUGUGGCAGUAAAGGACAGAAAGCUAACAGGUGUUGUUAUUGACAGUGGUGACGGUGUAACUCAUGUUAUCCCUGUGGCGAACGGGUUCGUCAUUGGGAGUUGUAUAAAACACAUUCCGAUAGCAGGGAGAGACAUUACCUACUUCAUCCAGAGCCUUUUGAGGGAAAGAGAAGUCGGAAUACCUCCCGAACAAUCCCUAGAAACUGCCAAGGUCAUUAAGGAAAAGCACUGUUACAUUAGUCCAGACAUUGUAAAGGAAUUCGCGAAAUAUGACAGUGACCCUAGCAAGUUCAGGAAAUACGAAGGCGUGAAUAGCAUAACUAAACAGCCCUUUGCCGUGGACAUUGGUUACGAAAGGUUCCUUGGACCAGAGAUUUUUUUCCAUCCUGAAUUCUCUAACCCAGAUUUUACAACGCCGCUGAACGAGAUUGUCGAUGACGUCAUUCAGAAUUGUCCGAUUGACGUCAGAAGACCUCUAUACAAUAACAUCGUCCUAUCCGGGGGAUCUACCAUGUUCAAAGAUUUCGGUAGGCGGUUGCAACGAGACAUCAAAAGGACCGUCGAUGCUAGGCUCAAAUCGAGUGAGCUCCUAAGUGGUGGUCACAUUACGCCAAAGCCUGUCGAUGUCCACGUGAUAUCUCACCAUAAACAGCGCUGUGCCGUUUGGUUUGGUGGAGCACUCUUGGCGAGCGAUCCACAAUUCUACAGUGUUUGCCAUACGAAGACUGACUAUCAGGAACACGGGCCAGGGAUUUGUCGUUACAACCCCGUGUUCCGUAGCAUGAUUUAAUUUCAUACGGCACGAGUUCGUCGCAAUUGGCAAUUGUAGGAUCAUGAAAGGCUCGUCACACAGAUACUGCCAGGAUUCGGAUUUCUAAAGGCGGGAACGCAUUGAGCGAACAUCCUCCAACGAGCGUGCAACUAUUGCCGAACUUUUGAGAAAAAAGUCGCGGAUCGGUUGAACCGUUCGGACCUUAUGACCUAAAUGUUCGCUAGUGUGGCAAAAUUGGAGAGCAUGUUCGCUCAAUCCGUAUCCGCCUUAAGGUGAUGUGAAAGUGGCGUCAAAGGGGUAUCGCCCAUGAAACAUUUUUUCCAAACUGGGUAUACAGAAUAGACUAUGACAUUACAAUAUAAA